AUGCAGCAGUGGAGGUGCCGAUAUGGCUCUCUAUGGCUACGACCAGGGUGUCUUUGGUGGCGCGUUAUCUCCCCGGAUUACCUUCGCGUUCAUGACCUGGAAGGCCCCGAAAAGACCGAGCUUCUCAGUACAGUGACCGCCAUCUACAAUGUCGGCUGUUUCUUGGGAGCAGUUCUAGCAACUUGGAUCGGAGGAAAAUUAGGACGCAAGAAGUCUGUUCUUCUCGGAAUCUUCAUCAUGACCAUUGGAGCAGUGCUCCAGACUAGCUCCUACGGCGUUCCUUAUAUGAUGGUUGCACCGAUUGUCUCUGGUAUUGGCAAUGGAAUCAGCUCUUCAACAUUAGCUGUCUGGCAGACUGAGACUGCCCCUGCCCGGUUGAAAGGAAAGCUCGUCAUUCUACAAAAUGCUCUUUUGCUUGUUGGUUUUUCGUAUCUCUAA